AGCGGCGCCGGGGCCGCCUCCGCCGCGCCCGCCCGGCCCCGGCCUCCCUCCCGCGGCUCCCCACAACUUUUGAGGCGGGGACCGCGCUUGCAGCUUCACUUCGCUCACUUCCCCAGCCCGGCGCGGCACCCGCCGCCCGUUUCCCUCGCACCCGUGGCCGCCCCGCGCCCACCCCGCGCGCCGGGCAUGUGAGCGCGGGCGGGCGCCGCCACCAUGGCCUCGCCGCCGCCGCUCCUGCUGCUGCUGCUACCGCUGCUGCUACUGCCGCCGCCGGCCGCCCCCAAGCCCCGCAACGAGAGCGAGCCGCCGCCGCCGCCGCCCGCGCUGCCCCCGGAGCGCCACGGGCCCGCGCCUACGGGCCACCGCUGGACAGCCGCUGUGCGUGGCACCGCGACGCGGCCCGAACCCUCGGGCCGAGUCCCCCGAGGCGGGAGCACCGCUGCUAUGAGGAACCACUGGCCAGAAAGCAACACUGAACCCCACAAAGAAAACGUGACCUUCGGUCCGAGUCAAGUGGACUUUUCCACCGUGGUCUCCAAAGAGGGCGUUAUGAUGGUUCAGACCCCAGGAAAGAACCGUACUUCUUCAGAGGCUCCACAGAACUCCACCCUGCAAACUGAAACAGCAGCUGCUGAAGGAAGAAAUGACUCUUUAAGAAGAUCACAUUUCACUGUUUCCCCCGUUGGACCUGACAGAGCAGCAGCUCUGACCUCCCAGAGCAUCACCUUGGCCUGGAGAAGGCAUCAUCUGCCAUCCAGCAGUUCAAGGUCAGAAGGAAGAACUUACCCUGCUCACACGGACGGCGGGACAUCGCAGGGUUCUCCGGCCGGGGGGCAGAGGCUCCCAGGAGACGUGACUGUGCACACCCAGGUGGCGGCCACUUCGGUUUUGAGCCAGUCAUCUCCUCCUGGUUUGGAGAUGGGAGAAGAGACCACACCCGCCAGGCAGCGAAAUUCCUCAGGCCCGUGGCUCUCCUGGAUGCCUUUCUCUGAGACACCAGCUUCCUCCCCACCCUCAGACCAUUCUGCACCUUCUGGAAUUACGGAGGAUUUAAACAACUCCACUGCUGUCCAACGCCCCUCGGCCCAUGGGACAAAGAGUGCCCGUGUUACCACGGCCCCCACCAGUGUUCCUCGGAUGCUCCAGUCUUUAGCUGUCCAUCCGGGACCUCUAAUGGAGACAGAGCCUUUCUCUGAGGACACUGCAACUGCCACGACUUCAGCAUCAGCCCAUUCCUCACCCCCUGAGGCAGAGUCCAGAAGAAACAGUGAAGUGGUUGGGAGCCCAGGGGAUGGAGCAUUCAUGGAGCCAUCCACGGAGAAUGCAUUUGGCCUUACAUCUUCCAAGGUCUCAGUGAAGUCUGGGCAAAAUGAUUCCCCAACCUCGGGAGGACUCAGACUUGCCAGCAGCUCUGGUGCCAGGGAUGGAAGCCCCGUGUCUCAGACCGAGACCAUGUCCCGGUCAGCCCCGUUGGUCAGAGGUGGACAGAGCACUGCUCUCUGGUUCUUGAGCAACAGCGAGACAUUGGCAGAUGCGCCGGGAAGCUCCACUGCCCAUCCCGAAGUUGAGAACGCUUCCGUGUUGACCCGGUUCUCAGCCUCGGCCCCACAGUCUGGAAGGAGUGACACCACGCUGGGUGGUGGGAGCUCUGAGCCAGACACCGAGUCCUCCUCCUCGUCUUCCUCUUCCUCAACAAGCCUGGACUCCUGGGCACCACGCGGGGAGCACUUGACCUCGGGAGGACUCAGACUUGCCAGCAGCUCUGGUGCCAGGGAUGGAAGCCCCGUGUCUCAGACCGAGACCAUGUCCCGGUCAGCCCCGUUGGUCAGAGGUGGACAGAGCACUGCUCUCUGGUUCUUGAGCAACAGCGAGACAUUGGCAGAUGCGCCGGGAAGCUCCACUGCCCAUCCCGAAGUUGAGAACGCUUCCGUGUUGACCCGGUUCUCAGCCUCGGCCCCACAGUCUGGAAGGAGUGACACCACGCUGGGUGGUGGGAGCUCUGAGCCAGACACCGAGUCCUCCUCCUCGUCUUCCUCUUCCUCAACAAGCCUGGACUCCUGGGCACCACGCGGGGAGCACUUGACCACAGAAGACAGCCCCGAGCUGGGCAUCGGUUCUGAAUCGGAGGAAGGAGCUUCCGAGGGGGCAUCCGGAACCCGCGCUCACCGCCCGCACACUCUGGCCACCCUCACCGGGAUCGGAGAGCGCACGCUGCGGUCUCUCACCAACGGGAGCACCACUCCUGGGGAUGCGGGACGGUCAGAGGCCGAGGACACGGAGAGCGCCACUCUGCAGGGGAACGUGACCGCCGCUGGGGACUCCCACCUGGUCUCCAGCUCCCUGGCAGCCUCGCGCACCCUCGGAGUCGCUGGAACUAGCUCCGAUCCAGUGCACAGCACAGACCCUGAGCACAGGACCUCAGGCGACUACACAGACCACACCUACGUUUCAGCCCCUUUCACCAAAGGGGAACGGAUGCUGCUGUCCAUUGCAGACAACAGUUCAGCUGCAGACCUAAGGGAGAGCUCCACCUCUUCUGUUAAGAUCUCAAACGCUUCACAUCCAGACUCUUCUUCUCCUUCUCUGGCUCAGACUGAGAGAGGUAACGCCUCGUCCCACAAAGGGGAGCCCGCUCUGCCUUCCACUGAGGUGCAGAUUCUGCACACAGUCCGCCCUCCAUCCCACACACCCACUGUCAUCUUGCCAAGCACCCUGGACGCCCAUGCUGACUCUGUGGGUGACCCGUCAUCUUCUUCGUCAGGGCCCCCUCUGCCCCCACCCUCAGUGUCACAGUCCUACCACUUGUUCUUGUCAACGGUGCCAUCAACCAGGGCCUCCACGCACCGACUGCAGUCCACUCCUGAUGCACCCACACCUUUGUCUUCCUUGCCACCACCUUCGCCAGCGUCCUUGACUACAUCCACCCCUGCCGAGCCGGCCAUCUCACAAACAACCCUCCCACCUUUGUCAUCAACCCUGGUCCCGCCCCGGCCAAGGGACGCUCCGGUGACUUCGGUCUGGACGUUGACGAUGGCGUCAUCCGUGGCAGUGCUCCCCAGCAGUCAGACAGCAGAUCCUAAGAUUCAGAGCAACCCAGACCUCGGGAACGUCAUUACAGAAUCAAAGCUCCCAAGCCUGGAGACUCGGACCCCGGAGGCCACGGAAGCUGUGACAGUGAGGUCUACUCUGAGGAUCCCUUCACCCCCAGCCUUCACAGAGGCCUCCACUGAGCAAACCCCUCCAGCCACCAGCACCAGCUUAGCCCAGACAUCUUCAGCUUCAGCAGCCACCACCCUCAAGAUCUCUCAUCCCCCCAUACCCAGCCCCAGCCCCCCUUCCCACACAGCCGCCCCCGGGGGUGGCCCCACAGCAGCACAGACAGUGGCUGGAAAACAGCCCCCACCAACCAGUCCUGAAAUGCUAGUGGUACAAGUCUCAACAGGAGGUGCUAUCACCCCAGAAAAGAGCCAAGCGCAUGGAGAUGCUGCCGCUGGGUCAGUCGGCCUGACAAGCGCCCCCACGUCAGCAGAAGAACUGACCACGGAGCGUGGCCGUGCAGGAGAGAACAGCCUGGCUCCGCAUUUCCUCAGAACAUCUCCUGCUCCCCAGACCACACAUAUUUCCACAGCUGAAGUGGUGACGGCUGCAUCAACCACCCCUGGUGCUCAGAGCAGCACCCAGUCACCCACCACACCAUCAUCCCCAGCCUCAGUGAACAGCUGCACCCCUCGCCCUUGUCUCCACGACGGGAAGUGCGUCGUGGACCCCACCACCAGCCGUGGGCACCGCUGUGUGUGCUCCCCUUCCUGGCAAGGGCAAGACUGCAGUGUGGAUGUGAAUGAAUGCCUCUCAAACCCCUGCCCACCCCUGGCCACGUGCAACAAUACUCAGGGAUCCUUCACCUGCAGAUGCCCAGUGGGGUACCAGCUGGAAAAAGGGAUAUGCAAUUUGGUCAGAACCUUCAUGACGGAGUUUAAGUUGAAGAAAACGUUUCUGAAUACCACCAUGGAACAACAUGCAGACCUCCGUGAGGUUGAAAAUGAGAUCACCAAGACGUUAAAUGUGUGUUUUUCAACAUUGCCUGGUUAUACCCGAUCCACAGCUCAUGCUUCUAGCCCCAGUGCGGUGGUGAUGUCACUGCAAAGCACCUUUUCCCUGGCCUCCAACGUGACGCUGUUCGACCUGGCCGACGGGAUGCAGAAAUGUGUCAAUGCCUGCAGGUCCUCUGCUGAGGUCUGCCAGCUCUUGGGGUCUCAGAAGCGGAUCUUUAGAGCGGGCAGCUUGUGCAAGCGGAAGACUCCAGAAUGUGACAAAGAGACCUCCAUCUGUACCGAUCUGGAUGGGGUCGCGCUAUGCCAGUGCAAGUCCGGCUACUUCCAGUUCAACAAGAUGGACCACUCCUGCCGAGCAUGUGAAGAUGGAUAUAGGCUUGAAAAUGAAACCUGUACGAGUUGCCCAUUUGGCCUUGGUGGUCUCAACUGUGGAAACCCUUAUCAGCUCAUCACCGUGGUGAUCGCGGCAGCGGGAGGUGGGCUUCUGCUCAUUCUGGGCAUCGCGCUGAUUGUUACCUGCUGCCGAAAGAAUAAAAAUGACAUAAGCAAACUCAUCUUCAAAAGUGGGGAUUUCCAGAUGUCGCCAUAUGCUGAAUACCCCAAGAACCCUCGGUCACAAGAAUGGGGCCGAGAAGCUAUUGAAAUGCAUGAGAAUGGAAGUACCAAAAACCUCCUCCAGAUGACUGACGUGUAUUACUCGCCCACAAGUGUCAGGAAUCCCGAACUUGAACGAAAUGGACUCUACCCGGCCUACACUGGAUUGCCAGGAUCACGGCAUUCUUGCAUUUUUCCCGGACAGUAUAACCCAUCUUUCAUCAGCGAUGAGAGCAGGAGAAGGGACUACUUCUAAGUGCAGAGGCGAGAGGGGCCCGUUGCUCCGCGCUAUUGCCUCGAGUCCUGCACCAGGGGAGCACUGCCUCCAGCCACUCCCGGGACUAGCGGGGCCGCACCUGAGUGGCCAGCGGGAAGGGGGCGGGCCUAAGGGGAGUGACCACAGUGGAAGGGGACAGGGAGAGCCCAGGGUCGUGGAAGUGCAGGAGGCUCAUCUGGCCCCUUCUUUGUUACUGUGAAUUGAACACGGGCCAGUACAGUAGGGUCCCCCAGCGACUGCAACAUGGCCAUGGCUCAAGGAUGACUGUUAAUUAGGGCUGAUCAUUAGGCGCCAUUGCAAGGACCCAGGUUUUCCUUAGUUUGCACUUUAGUAAAUGCAAAAGUAGGGAGGGAGGUCUCCUUUUGGGUUUUUUUUUUUUCAAGACUGUUCCCGAAGGAAGGCCUCUUUUCCUUAGAUGCUUCCAUAGGCCUCAAUUUGGUGAUUCAUUUACAGCAAAAUGCUGGCUCUUUAGUUGUUUUCCUGCCCAGUAGCUACAUGCUGAACACAGAUGCUGAUCAACAUACCACUAGAGUCUGGUGAUGCUGCAGGUUAAGGCACAGUGUUUUAACAUGCUCCUAAGUCCUGUCGUGCUACAUUGUCCAAACAAAACCCCACAUGAACUGAAAUGGGUGAGGCCCAGCACACAGCUCCGGUUUGUUUUUUUUAGUUAAGGUGACACAUUUAUCUAAGGUGACUUUUUUUUUUCCCCCUUUGCAGUUACAUCUCAUCUUUCCAUAUACAUCUGAAUCAGGGCAAAACAACUUCCCUUUGGUUCUAAUAAGAGGCAUUCAGCUGCCCCAUAGUGAGGGCCAGCAGGCUGCAACGGGCACUAGGUGAAGGCCAUGGUGGAACCAGCCAUCCCUGAGGGCCUGGCUCAUGGGCUCUGCCCUCUGCCUCUGAGGCUGAGGCUGCUAUGCAUGGAGUAGAAGUGGAGAGCUGAAAGCAAGUUGGGUCUGAGCUGGUGAUUCCCCACUGAUGGAAAAGCAGUUUGAUGUAGUGGCUUCAGCUGAAUGUGGUUAGAGGGAUAGGCCGAAGAGCUGUGUUCCAUUUUCUGAAACACCAGUGCUUUGGGAAGCUGGGGGUGCUUCCCAGGGAAGAAUAGGGAGCUGGGCUGGAGCCACACGUGAGGCUGCUUCCCCACCAGUGCUGGCACCUUUGCUAGCCCUGAUCUCGUCUGCAAACUCAUUGUGGGUUGCAUGGUUCAGCCAACCACUCAAAGCUAUUUAUUCAUUGAAGAAACAACUUAUUUUCUCUCAAACCGUAAUUUGUAACUCUUUGUACUACUAUGGAGUUCCCUCCAGAAACAUGGGCAUAAUUCAAGUCAGCAUUGGAGGACCAAAGACUUCUGGCCAGUUAGGGAGUUGAGCGUUUGCCCUGGGAAAGGAAAUUCCGCGUGUCUUAUUUAUCACGGCUGUGGCGUGGGUCCUGCAGGGGGAUGUAUCCAGGGCUGUGCCUUUUAACUGCUACGUGUGGAACUGUGAUCUUCCUCAUCUGCUUUUGAGCAUCUUGGUUUGGGAUGAAGUGAAGAGAACACAGGUAAAAACUUGGAGCUCAGUGGCACCCACAUUUCUGGAAAUGCUGCAGCCUCUGGGAAGAUCCUAUCCUGGGCAUGGUUGUUGCUUCAAGGUUCUCUGAUCUCUUAGCAAUGUACCUAAUCCUUAUUCUUAGGUAACUCUCAUCCUCACAGUUUUAAGUGCAAACUCCUGAGUCCCGUGGUGGUCUGCACGAGUCCCCAUCUCCCUACUGCAGCAAGAACACUCGUCAGGCGCGAUGCCACUUAGGAGUUCACCUUCACUCAUCUCAUGAGAGAGAGACAAAAAGAAUUCCGGGUUUUGUCAGUAGAGACCAACGUAAAAUUUCAGAGCAUUACCUUUUAGCAAUCUUGGGUCUUGCCUCUCCCAGUGCAACCAAACAGCCAUCUGUGCCUCGUGGCCUCACCUCUACACUGGAGGGCUCCAAGCUCCUGAAUUCAGCUCACCUGAGCCAGCAGGCUGGGUCCCUCAUUAAGCGGCCGCCUCCUGGCUCUCGAGGCAGAGCCCUGCUCAGUCCGCAGCACCCAGAGCCCCCGUGGGAGCUGUGCCCAGGCAUACCCGCCUGCCACCUUCAGCGGACAUCACAGCAGGCAGAUCAUCUCCAGGACCAGGGCCAGAAGCUGUGUGCGCCGCAAAAUGAAGGCUUCAGUCCCUGAAGCAUCCUGGAGCAGAAUCCCAACAUCCAGAAAAGAGUGUGCUGUGAGUGCCAAGAACGCUUUCCCGGGUUUUGUGCAUGUGAAGUGGAUAAAGAGUGUCGUUGUUUUUUGUUUUUUUUUCUUUUACUGUGAAAAGGGAGGCCCCCCCCCCACAAGGUUGAGAUCACAUCAUAUCUGCAGUUUCUCAGAGGCUUUUGGGGGUGGGGCAAGUGCAUCUUGAGAGUGUAAGGGUCUAAGAGGGCAGGCAAGCAGCAUGACUGUUGCUCUGAGCGGGCUGCCUGCCUGGGUAAGGAAGGGAAAGGCCAGCUUCACUCCUGCCUGAGGUUAAAAUACCUCCAGAAGGGUCCUUCCUGAGCCAAGAAACAGCUGGUAGGGCAGCAGCCCCUGGACUGAGGGGACAGGCUGGAUGCACCCCAGUGGGCAGAAGCUCUCAGCUCUUUCCAGGUGCUCAGCGGGAGUCCCCGCACCUGGAGUGGGUGGUUUCUGCCCACAGAGAUGCUGCAGUCCUGCAUGGGGGGAUCAUAGCUGGGGGCACUGGGAAGAAGCUGCCCGUGGACACUUAGACAUCUACAGGACAGAGUGGGGACAUGAGCAUCUGGCCUUGGAGAGCCAGGACUCAAACCCUUCUGCCUGGCUCGCCCUUCCCACUUCUCCUCCUGUCUCACCUCCCUGGCAGAUACCCCACCACCCAGUGUCAAAGAGAGCAUGAGAGAGUCGGCUUAACAGAAAACUUUUUUUAAAAGAAGAACUUUAACAUUAUUAAACAGUAAUUCAACUAAUGCCAUGAAAUGUUCAAACAAAAUGCGGAAAAAGUCCUUUCAGGUCUGUUGUUACAUGUCCUUCUUGGACACUUGUGGUCAUCAUGGAGAAAAUAGUGGCUGGCUCAUGCUUAACAAGAAGUGUAUUGAUUGGUAUGUGGCUUUGGAUGGAGAAGGUAUAAGGUGAUGGCAGACUUAGCCAUCCAUCUGGGGGCUGCCUGGCCUUGUGCCCAUGGUGCGGCUGUGUGGGAAACAUUUUUGUGAGCAUUCUCAGAAUCUGGAACACAUUCAGUUGAAUGUCUAAAAUGCUGACGAAUCUUUCCUCCUUUGACAAAAGGUAACUUUCAGAAGCAGCUAAGUCUUUGAGAGCUGAAAUUGCUCAGUGGAGAGUGUUCUCAAGCUGGCUGAUAGCAUUGGAGUUCCAAAAUUAAGAAGUAACUCGAGGUCUGGAAGAGGUCAUUCUUAAUAUUGGCCCAAAUGGGAGGGCAGUGUCUUUGCAAGGCAAGGCUGGAUGGCUGCCCAAGAAAAUGUCUUUGAAAGAUGAUAUUCAGUCAGAUGUGAAAGUUCCCAGAGUAGAUGCCGCAGAUGUCACUCCUCACAUGUGGCUUUGGGGGGCCUCCAUUAAGCCAUCUUGCUCACUAGUGGAGUCCUGGGGGCCUGUAACUCUGUGAACACUGCCUGAAGAAGCUAGAAUCUUGAGUCUAGUUGUUCCUGGCUUCGUUUAGCCUAACAUACCGCAACCUACAGUUUUGGCCCAUGGUUCUAAGAUACCCUGAUUUGAAAACUAGAGCACAGCUUUGGAGAGAAGAGAAACGUCAAGUUCAGUAUCUCAGUAUUUUGUUUCUUACUAAAAACCACCCUUAAUAUUAGAGAUGUUUUUUUCUAUAUGGAAACUUCUGAGGGGAUAAGAAGGGACCUUUCACGUGCUUCUUCAUGACUAAGCAUCAUUCUGUGGUUCUGGUGUGCAUUUCUGGAAACAGAUGGGUUUUGUAGAGUUGGCUUUUAAGGAUGUAUUUUUUCUUUUUCUUCUCUCAAAUUCUGAGAGGAGGAACCUGGCUAAACUACUAGGAAGAUUACAGUGUUAAAUGUCUGAUAUUUUGUUGUGCUAAAGCAUCUUUUCAAGAGUGUUAUAAUCCAUCCCGUUUGGGAUAAACUGCACACAGAGAACUCUGAAAACAAAGGAGACAAUUGAGGUCUAAAAAGAGACAUAUCUUAGACUGGCUCUGUCCUCUUGGCAUUUUAAAGGGGACAUUUUAAAGGAUUUGCAUAUUAGAUUCUGGCUUUAUCUUUUUUUUUUCCAUUGGAUACAUGAUAAUGUGGUUCAGGUGCAGAGUUCUUGGGCAGGAAGGAUGGGAUUGGACAAGGAUGGGAUGGGACCAGCCUACCUGGGAAACUAACCCAGUCUCUGUGUUACCUUGCCUGUUUCUUGGGGAAAAAAACAAAAACAAAAAAAAUGUCAUCGUGGGUUGCUGUGAGUUUUAUUAAUAUUUGUGUUGCUGGAUUUAUGGUUAAACGAAGCAUGUAGCCAGAAGAUGGAUUUUUUGAGUUUUCAUUUUGUCCCAGCUUUCUCCUUACAAACCUUUAAACCUUAGCCCCUGGUUGAUUGAUUGUGUAAAUCCAUUACGAGAAUGUUAUUUAAAGUUGUAUUAUAAUUGCAACCUCCACUAAUUAUUCAGUACUGUAGCAGCAAAGUAUUAUUUGUAAGAAUUCAAUUAUUUUUAUACUUAUAUCCACUCUAAGUCUGGCGUUCUAGUCAGUAAAAUGAUGCAAUAAAAUGAAUACAAUUUUCA